AUGGAUCAAAUAAAAGACCUCCACGAGUCGAGGGCUUCGACAGUCAUCGCCGUCACCACGUUUGUGCUGGCCGCCGCCGCUUCCGUGGUUGGUGCGAGAGUGUACACCCGCGCCUUUCUAAUACGCACGAUGGGUGCUGACGACUGGAUGGCCAUUGUCUCCAUGUUGAUGAUUGUUGCUUGCGGUUUCUGCGUUGCGUGGAAUACUCAAUACGGCUUGGCACAACAUAUUUAUGUUCUCGACCCCACACUAAUUCCUCUCUACCUACGGACAUUCUACGUCUCCAUCGUUUUCUACAACGCCACCCUCGCCUGCAUCAAACUCACCUUCCUCCUCCAAUACUACAGGGCUCUCGGCACCAAGCAAAACCGCCGCCUCAUCUUCAUCGCCGGCGCCUUUGUCACCUCGUGGAGCUUCUCCCAGGUCUUUGUGCAAAUCUUCAUCUGCACCCCCGUCUCCGCGUUCUGGGAAGGCGGUGGCAAGUGCAUUCCCAACAUUCCCCAGUGGUACAUCAACGCCGGCGGCAACAUCCUCACUGAUAUCAUGAUCCUGCUGCUUCCUCUGCCCAUCAUCUGGCAGUUGAAACUCAUCAAGGGGCAAAAAGUGAUUCUUGUGGGCAUUUUCUGCCUCGGAUUCUUCACCUGCGCCAUCUCCAUCUUCCGCAUCAAAUUCCUCCGCCUCACCGAAGACUUCACCUGGGACAACGUCGACGCCGCCUGCUGGUCCAUCGGCGAGCUCUCCUCCGGCAUCGUGUGCGCCUGCCUGCCCACCUUACGCCCCCUCCUCGGCAAGGGCGCCUACGCCUACGGUUCCUCCUCCCGCGGCGGAGGCGGCAGCGACACGCUCGCCUCCUCGUCGGGCAAGCGCGGCAGCCGGAUGCACCACGCCCCGCACGACAGCCAGGAGGAGAUGUACAUCAGCAGCCUGCGCAGCGGCGGCGACGCGGAAAAGGGUACGGCCUCGGCCGCCGCGAGCCCGAGUGGAUCGAGCUGA